AUGAGCCAUCCUAUCGAGCAUUCUCUACCACCGGACAUUGUCGAAGCCGCGUUACCAUACCUAUCUUUGCGGGACAUCAAAAAUCUAUCUUUGACCAACAGGUAUUUCCACAAACUUCUUGAUUUCAAUUCUUCGGACACUCUUUGGCAUGAAAUCUUCCGUAAGACGUUUGGACCUUUGCAUUCCGAGACAGAGCCUUUAGAAUCGAGCCAGAACUCACAUUACUUGAGCUGUUGCGAAAUGAUACUCAGGAAUCGAUUUCCCGAUGAGUCGUGGGCACAAUUGUAUAAAUUACGAUCUCUCAAGGCCAGACUGUAUACUUGGGGAUCAUUGAAACACGCGCGACUGGGCUAUACGGCUUCAUCCCAUCCAUCCCUGCCUCCUGAAUUUAUAAACAAUGCAGGAAUGAGGCUGCAAUUCGGUAUCAACACUCCUGUCCAAGUUCCAUGGGAUUCUGACGCUGAGGGCUCAUCACAUCGAAUAGAUAACAACAGCAUUGCAUCUGUUUCUGCUGGAGGGUUUUCAUUUCAAAUAUUGACAAAAUCGGGCAAACUUUACAUUACGGGCUCAACUUAUUCCGGUGGCCAUCGCGGGCCUGGCCCUGUCGAAGGAGAAAGCGAUUAUAAUCCAUUUCAGCGUCUGAUCAUGCAGUCCGAACGAAGUCUCACUAUGUUCAACGGCAGAACUCCAAGACAAGGCGGCGUGGUACCCAUAAAUACUACAAGUUCCAUGCCUCUCGAAAGGCCACACGAAAAUAUUUACGCCAGUUUUGAGGAGGCCGAACGCAUUCUAGAUCAGAAACUUGCCGGUAAUAGACACAUAAGACGACUUUUCACUCGCAACGUAACAAAAAGUGAUUUGGAGAGUUCUGGCAUUUUCAAAAUCGACACUAAAAAACUAGACGACAUCAAGUUUCAAUCUGUCUCUUCUGGCAGAUCGCAUAUUUUGGCGCUAAGCGAUGAAGGUGAAUUAUAUUCGUGGGAUGGGCCAGACGUUGAACAAGGCGUACGGAUCAUUUUUGAUGGCUUACCGACCAGAGAGACAAAUCCUGUUGUUAAAAUAGGAAGCGGAUGGAACUACAAUUGUGUUUCCAUCUUCAAUAUAGGUCUGGUUGUGUGGAGCAGCCGCAACGCUCUCAGGGAAAAUGACAGCUAUGCAGCAGCAAACUACAAAGUGAUUCCCAACACGGGCGUUUGUAGCGGCGACGACAAAAUUGUGGACUUCGCGUGCUGCACCAACUUGUGCGUUUUCUUCAUCACUGCCAGAGGCGAUGAGUUGCGGCUCUUUGCAAAUGAUUUCGUGCAGAAGGUCGUGCUACCUAUCGAAGGCCGAAUUGUCAAGCUGGUAGGCUGUUACACUAUGCUUGCGAUUUUCACGACUCGUAGCUGCUACACCGUGAAUGUCUUGGAUGGUCAAGUUGUGGAGCAAAGUCUUGUCAAGCUCGAGCUGGAAAACUCAGAUGAUAUGUUUGUAUCACUAUCCACAGGUGACUACCACACAGUAGCACUUACAUCAAGGGGAAAGAUUUUUACUUGGGGUCUGGAAAGUGAACUCUGCGGAUGUCUAGGACUUGGCGACCGUGAAGUAAUUGUCAAUGAACGACAUGCUGGAAGAAUCGAAAAUCUGAGAAGCACGAGGGUCCUGAAGCCGACGCUCGUGAAGUUGGGCGAUACUGACUACACUUGUCUUGCAGUGACCGCAGCAGGAUGGCAUACGGGUGCAUUAAUUUUAAGUUGA